UACUCAGCCUCAGCCUCAGCAGGACAAUUCUCAGACUCAGUCACAGUUAAAGUCCGGAAGUCACAGCAUCAGCAGUCACAGUUUAAAGGCGCAGUCGCAGUCCCCGCGCACCGUUUUUAAAAAAUUAUUUGGAAAUUUUUCGAAAGUGCUGCAAGCGAUCCCAUACUUUUUUUUUUUUGGUUUCUGUGCUAAGCUAAGCUAAGAAAUUUGAAUAUUUCUCGCAAGAGCAAAGAAAGAUGUUUUGGCCAAGAGUUUCUCUGAGCCAAAAGUUUUGAAAAAAGAAAUUAAGGAAAAAAACGACAGCUAAAGUGAAAGUGUGUGUGCCGAGUAUUCGGAAUUCGAAUUCGAAUCGCAUCUGUUGUUGUUUUCUGCGGCUGUCAAAGCAAAUCAGAGGAGGAUUAGGAAGCGAGAGCCAACAAGGAAACGAGAAAGAGAGAGUGAAAACACCGCAGUCAAAGAGAGCCAAAGAGGUCGGUCAAGAUGCGUCGCUCCUCGUUCACGCCCGUUUUCAACCUGAGCACCCAGGAGCCACUGAUCGUGGUGGAGGAAUCGCAUGCCCCCGAGGAUGGCGAUGAUUUGGAGGGCGCCAUCGGUGGCUGUGAUCCUGCCGGCGGCACUAAGCGUUCCAACAGCGAUGACUCGGAGCCGGACUCGCCGGUGAAUCCGUAUCUGCUCUGCCCCUUCCCCGACAUGCAGCAGCGACGGAAGCACUCGCUACCCUCGCUCCAGAUCACCGAGGGCAUCACAGCCAGCCAGGUGCGACGCCUGUCAGAGGUCGGCGGCGAGACCGGUGGCCUCAGUCCCAAGGAGGUUGAAUUCCUGGCCACGCUCUCGCAGAAGGCCAAUCCAACGGCCGGCGGAAGGCGCCAUUCGGUGGUCACCAUUUCGGCCGUUCCGCCGACGCUCUUCGGUCGAAAUCGUCGCGAGUCCAUUUCCGGAGUUUCCUUCAGUGGCAGUCGCCGUGGCAGCGCCGUCGGCGGACCUCCGCUGACCGACCACCGCGGCAGCAUACACAACUUGCAGCUGGACAUUAUGGAUGGGAUCGUGCAGCAGCGGAAGACGCGCAGCGGCAGCGGCGUGUGGACAGCGCCCGUUCUGCAGGAGGCCGACAGCAAUGUGCCCGUGCAGACAUAAGCUUCCCGGCAGGGACAUUUGGGUGGGUGGGGACAGCAGGACACAGCGGAUUGGAUGGACGGAUUGAAAAUUGACGAUUGGAGGAUUGGAUUCGAGGGGGGGACGAGGGCUUACCACCGGCUGGGGGAGGAGGAGAAGGAGGAGGAGUAGGUGGGAAUGGACACUGAGCAAUACAAAUAAACGCAUGGACCUUUAUUAACAUUUCGUGUUUUCCCAUUCGCUCGCACUCCUCCUUUCCGCCGGGAAAUUGCUUUUCGCGGCUGCCGCAUAAAGCAAACAAACAAACCGCAAAACCGCAGCGAGCCCAGUGGAAAAAAAGAAAAAAGAAAAUACAAAAAACAGGAAAAUCGCACGGAAAAUGAAAGAGAAGGGUGGUGGUGAAGGGUGUGGAGAAUGAGAGAAAGAGAGAGCGCUGUGAAAAAAUAUAAAACUUCGAAAAUGGAAAAACUGCAGUUAAACAAAGAGCCAGCGAGAGCAGUUUAAGAUGAAAAGAAUUGUUAACAAAAAAAAGAAAAAGAAAGCAACAAAGUAAAACGUAAAAAACCGUAAAACAAAACGAAUAACUGAGAAUUUCGGUUAACACACACACACACAUACACCUGUGCCAAGUGCCACGCCUCAAAUCAGCACCUCGCCCACCAUUACCGCCUGAGGAACUACCCGCCAGGAUAUAUACUAAAUAUAUAUAUUCGUAAAGGAACAAGCCCAUAACCGUUAUAUUUAAUUGGAGUGUUAAAGAAGCGAGAGUCGAGGAACCCUAAAAUAGCGCAAAACGCGACUCCGUUCGCAAAAUCUUGAAUGAUUAUUAACCGAAUAAAAAAAAAAAUAAAAAAUGGACAGCAAAAAGGAACAUUUAACCGCGGUUCCACCAGCAAUCGAUUUAAAAUUAAUAUAAAACUCUAUUUAAUCAGUAAUAAACUCUAACAUGAAAUUAAAUCAAUAUAUUGUAUAUUCAGGAAUUGAUAAAUUAGUGAAUAACUACCAAGAAAGUCGACACUAUUUACUUAGGAACUAGUUACUCCUCAUUUUUUGGAUGUUGUGUAGACUCGUGAACCACCGCCAGAAGAAACCACCAAAAUGCAGACACUAAGAGAUAAUCCCACAGACUAUAUACAUAUAUAUCUGAAGAGCAGAGUUGAGAGACCCCCCGUAACUACACCCAAUCAACAACAAGUGCAAUCAAAAUCCAAGAGAGUUGAUAAAUGUACCAGGUACCUUAAAGAACAUAAUUGAAAACCUUAACUUUAAAGCAAAAAAAAAAAAAAAUAAUAACCUUAGGCUAAGACCCAGAGAUGUAUCUGUAUGGAAAUGGAAAAUCAACUAAAUGAAAACUCAACUAUUUUUGAACUUGGCUUGCUGCUUGCCCAGCCCAGCAAGUUAGCCAGCCUUUAGUUCAAAGUAACAUUCCCAAAAAAAUACAAUUUAAUAUAUGUACGGAUUAAUGUUGAUACCUUGGGGGUUACUUCAAUUUUAUUUCGGGUUUUUUGACUAGAAAAUGUUCAUAUUGGUGCACUUUCUUUGGCGAUUCAAACUAAACAAGAAACAAAUUAAAAUUGAAGAAACCAUCAAGCUUUCAGGUCGAUGGCGUUUCCCUUUUACAUAAGUCUCGAUGUUGUUAUUGAUUAUAGAGUAUAUAUACCAUAAUAAGCUUUAGAUUGUACAUAAAACAAAUACUCGGGUUUGCGCCUUCUUUGCACUCCAAGAAAAUGAAGGAAAACUACCCACAACUUUCGGACCCUCCCCCUGCGAAGGAGUUUCUCCCCAGAAACGAAAUUCUCCAAAAAAAAGUCCCAGGCCUUCCUCACUAUUUUGACUUGACAAAAUGUCGCUGGACGACGAAGAAAAUGAACAAAAAGGGAGAACAAACAAAAAAAGAGAGGAGAACAUAAAAAAAAGAGAAAACUAGAACAUUUUUUUAUUAUUAAACAUAGUCAAAGAUAAUCAGCACAAGAAGUUGGAAAAUCGGGUAACCGAGAACCGAAAUUAUUAUGAAACAUAAUGAUGUAAAAGAUAUAUUUAUAGAAAUGAACUAUAUGUAUACAUAAUGACAACAGAUUAUAUAGUAACUUAUUGUCACAACGCAAGAGCAAUCAAUGUUUAACUUUAUUAAAUGUUACAAAGAGUUUUAAAUAUUAAUAUACAUACAAAUAUACAUAUAUCUAUAUAUAUAUAUACAGAUAUACAUAUAUUGCGGAUUAUAUUCUAUAAAUAUGUAUAAUUUGUAGGUAAAGCUAAACUGAACAAGACACUAGACGUACUCGUAGUUCCCAUUAUGUUUGCCAAAAAAAAAACCAAGUCUAAUAAUGAAAAUGAUGAAGUUGUGCCAGCCGAAAGUGUACAUCAUUUGUACAUCACAAGAUGUAUACCUUUCCUUUUUUAAUGGAAAUAUAUAGCAAGUAAUUGUAAAUCUGUUAAAUUUGCCAAUGAUUUUGAGUUCUUCGAUGGAGUUUAUUAUUGAUAAUUAACAUAUAUUGUGUUUUUAUGAUUAUUUUUUAAGUUAAUGUUUACAUCAAGUACUUGAACCUUGGGCUGGCACUCUUCAUUCACACUCUCUUUGUUAGUUUAAAAAUUGUUAUUUUUUGUGUUUUAGCAAUACGAAUAAAGCAACUACCAAAAAUCAAAGAAAAAAAUUAAGAAAAUAAAUUUGUGUGUCUCUCUGUCCUCUCUCUCUCUCUAUUGUGUUUGAGAUUACUCGUACAUUAUAAUGAAUAUUAUUACUAAACUAAAGCCAAUGGGAAGAAGUAUGAAAGCAACAGGAGGCGGUAUGGAAACCACAACAGAAAUUAAAAUUACUAAUUAUAACGAUUACUUACAGUAGACUUAAGCAUACAAAGAUUAAAUA